AUGGCCAGAGACUAUCUGCGGCCUAGUGACAACUGUGUCCCACUGCAACUCAUUGGCAUUCUGGCCACCUCCCAGUGCAGGAGCAUAUGCAUCAACACCGACAAGCAGACCCCCGGGUCCACAGGGACCCUGCUUUCAGCAGCCGGUCCACAGAACUGUGGUUCUCCAGCUAGACAUAAAGUCGGCAGACAUAAAGCGGGGGUCGCCCUCUACGUUCUGACCGCGCCCGCCCCCACCCUGCCGGAGCGACCACCUCAGCCACCUCGUGCCCCUGGCGGCCCGAACUCCCUGGAGUCGAACCCCUCCCCCGACGGACGUGCCCCUUCCAACGCACGCAUCCGGGGCCGCGUGGAUCCGGCCUGUCCCUUAGCUCCAGGCCGGCCCUACCCAGCUCCCGCAUCCCCGAGGCCUGCCUCUCCUCCAGACUGCCGGGGGCGCGGACUGGCGAGAGCGGCGGCAGACGGGGAGGGUCCAGCCGGGACCCUGAAGGCGAUACACUCACCUCCCUACCCGCACCCCAACGCGGCCACUAAGCGCAGGACCAGGCCCGCAGGAACAGCCGGCCGGGCUGGGCAGGGCGCACCCCCCAACACCGGCGCGGGAGUCGCUGAUUGGCCGUGGUGGGGGCUCUUCCCCGCCCCCAACAGGCCCCUCCUCCUGGCGGGAGGGGGAAAGGCAGUGCGCACGCACGUCUGGCUGCGGAGGCCCUUCGGGUCUAGCUACGUGAUCCGACGUAUGCUGGGGCGGAGCGACUAA